AUGGCCACUGUCAAGGAAGAAGUGCGCGAGGUGCUCCUCGGCUCCACCGAGGAGCCCCAGCUGUCGCAGCUCACGCGCGCCGCCUUUAUGAAGCACGCCCAAAAAGACGAGUCGGGCGAGUACUACCUCAACGAGGACCAAUUCAUCACGGCCGUUGCCCCCGAAGGCGAAGACUAUCACAAGAUCAAGCGAUAUCAGUAUGGCAUUCUCUUCCAGGUGGCCGACCGCGACCAGAAGGGCAAGGUCAACAUGCACGACUGGUCCGUCUUCCAGAACCUGCUUGCAAAGCCCGACGCCGAGUACGAGGUCGUGUUCCGCUUCUUUGACAGGCGGCGCACCGGUUACAUUGACUUUGACGAGUUCUACCAGACAUGGAAGGCACACAAGACAGAGGACAGCCUGCCCUUUGACUGGGAGGGCCAGUGGGCGACGCUGUACAUUGGCUCCAAGAAGCACAGGCACACGAUGACGUAUCCCCAGUUUGCCCAAUUGCUGCGUGGACUGCAGGGCGAGCGGGUGCGCCAGGGCUUCACUUACUUUGACCGCAACCAGGAUGGCUUCAUUGAGCCAGAAGACUUUCAACGCAUAAUACGCGAGACUGCAAGCCACAAGCUGUCCGACUACCUGCUCGAGAACCUGCCCACAUUAUGCAACAUUUCGGUGGGAAGCAAAAUCUCAUAUGCCAACGUGCGCGCUUUUCAGAACGUCAUUCAGCAGAUGGACAUGAUUGAGCUUAUUAUCCGCAACGCGGUGCAAAAGAGCCCCGACGGCAAGAUCACGCGCACCGACUUCCUCAAUGAGGCAGCUCGCAUAAGCCGCUUCAACCUGUACACGCCCAUGGAAGCAGACAUUCUGUUCCACUUUGCUGGCUUGGACGAAGCGUCUGGCCGGCUCGGUCUGCGAGACUUUGCUCGCGUGCUCGACCCGUCGUGGCACAAGAUUGGCUCUCUGGCCGGAGCAGCGGUUGCUGAUGCAGGACAAAAGGUGUUUGCGAGCACAAAGUCAAUAUGGCACGACGUGCUGGAAUCUGUGCACCACUUUGCGCUGGGAUCGCUAGCUGGUGCGUUUGGUGCGUUUAUGGUGUAUCCCAUUGAUCUGGUCAAGACGAGGAUGCAGAACCAGAGAAGCUCUGGUGUUGGUCAAGUGCUGUACAAGAACUCGCUCGACUGCGCCAAAAAGGUCAUCAAGAACGAGGGAUUCAAGGGCCUCUACUCGGGCGUGCUUCCCCAGCUUGUGGGUGUAGCGCCGGAGAAGGCCAUCAAGCUCACGGUCAACGAUCUGGUGCGAGGCAAGCUGACGGACAAGUCAACGGGGCAGAUCAAGUUUGCUUCUGAGAUGUUGGCGGGUGGCACUGCGGGUGCCUGCCAAGUGGUAUUUACCAACCCGCUGGAGAUUGUCAAGAUUCGGUUACAGGUUCAGGGCGAACUGUCCAAGAACGUCGAGGGUGUUCCGCGGCGGUCAGCCAUGUGGAUUGUGCGGAAUCUGGGUCUUGUGGGCCUGUACAAGGGCGCUAGCGCGUGUCUGUUGCGUGACGGUAGGUGUUUGUGUGGUGGUGUUGGGGUUGAGGUCGAGACCAUGGCUGACGAAAGUCAUUUGAAGAAGGACUUUUUCGGCGAGAGCCCACAAAAGUCGCUCGGGGUUGUGCAGAUGCUGACUGCGGGCGCGAUGGCGGGUAUGCCGGCAGCGUACUUUACCACGCCAUGCGACGUGAUCAAGACGAGGCUGCAGGUGGAGGCGCGCAAGGGCGAGGUUGCAUAUACUGGGCUGCGACACGCGGCAGUGACCAUCUGGAAGGAGGAAGGCUUCAAGGCGUUCUUCAAGGGCGGGCCGGCGCGCAUUAUGCGGUCGUCGCCGCAGUUUGGCUUUACGCUGGCCGGGUACGAGGUUCUGCAGCGAGCACUGCCGAUGCCGGGAUCAUCGCAGGCGGACGCGUCGAGCCUGGAGCCAUCAGUGGGUCUGGAAGAGGCAAAGGCACCGUUGCCGUACCUCCGCAGCCGCAAUGCACUCAAGGUGAUCCUGGACCUGGAUGAGAACUUUGGACGUCCCAAGCUGGCCAAGGAUGCAAAGUUUGCGGGGAUUCCCGGAUUUGGCAGGCGACCGGAGGCUUAG